UAUAAAGACAGCAGACGGGUCGGAGCCGCUUCACAUCGCUCACAGCAGAGGGAAGAAGGAAACAUUUAAUGAAAACACAAAUAGCUGUUACAUGACCAGAAGGUCUCAAUGGACUGGGCCGUAUUUGUAAUUUUGCAAGUCAUACUUCAGCCAUCUCUCUCAGUCUUGUUCACUGUGGAGGUAGAGCGAGCCAUGUAUGAGUCAGAGUUUGGAGGAGAGGUGGUGAUGGGCUGCAAGUUUCAGCCUAAACCAGCAAAUCCUGAUACUGACCUGAAGGUGACCUGGAUCACCUCCACCUCUGGUCAGGAAGUGUACCAGAUGAAUAACGGGGUGGAGCGCAUGGCAACGGAGAAGUAUCAGGGCCGAGUGAGGCUUCUCAAAGAGGAGCUAAAUCAAGGCUGGGCCAAGUUGCAGGUCUCCAGACUCAGGAUUAAUGACUCUGGAACCUAUCAUUGUUUGGUGCAGACAGGAGAAGGAGCUGACUAUAAACCAAUAACUUUGUCUGUUAUAGCACCAUAUAAAGUAGUGACUAAACACAUUGAGAAGACUCCAGAUGGCGAAGACGUGCUGCUAACCUGCCAAUCUGAGGGAUACCCCCAGUCACCUGUUGUGUGGCAGGAUGGACACCUGAAGACGCUCAAUUCCAACACCACCGCCGUAUCAACACCAGACCAACUUUUUCUAGUCACCAGUCAGAUCCGCGUCAAAUCAUCGCACAAAAACAACUACACAUGUAACUUUACAAAUGACGGCCACUCUGCAACAUUUCAUAUUCCAGAUGAAAUACCUGUUCCACAAGUAAAAACUGAUGGUCUCAUCGUUGUACUGAGCAUAGCUGUAAUAGUUUUCAUAAUCGUCGCGGUGCUCGUGUAUCAACGGCGAAAAGGAUCCAGCACUCCACGCGCCAGGAGGCAUCUGGUUGAUGAUUGGGAAAGUCAUGUUCCUGCUGAUGCUUGCCCACAAAUAAAUAAAGUCAAUGAGAAGGAGGGAACUAUGUCUAAUGAAGAUUGCAUGGAGGAAAAUCUGGGGGUGUUUCUGAAAGCACACUAUGCUGACACCUUCAGCACAGAGGUGAAAAGCCACUUAGGCGCUUUCGAUGUGGAGGAGCUGCCGAACAGGCUCCAAAACAAUGAGCGUCAGGCUGUGAAACUUCAAGCUUUACUCCCAGAAGCUGGAGAGAUACUUUUUCUUGAGGGACCCUCAGGAAGCGGGAAGACAACAGUGGCCCAUGUCCUGAUCUCUUCUUGGGCUGAAGGGCCUGCACAUGCCCUCAGUGACCUCCUCAAUCUCAGCAUUCUCAGAAUUCUGAUAUAUGUCGACUGCAGCAAUGUGAAGGGCGACUUGUUUCAGGAGAUAGUGACUCAACUUUCUCUCACGGAAAAGACAUCAACAGAAUAUAAGCUGAGGACUGUGUUAACCAGAUCCAGUGGGACUCUACUGUUGCUGGAUGGGUACAGAGAAGGGAACCGAUCUUUCGAUGAGUCCCUAAAGACGUUCCUAAGAGAAAGAGCGGGAUGCAGGGUGCUGGUCAUGGCCUGUCCGGGACACUGCCCCACACUCAAGGAGACAGUUGGGACAGGAGCGGUGCUGAUGCUCCAAACACAAACUGUGAAAUACUGAGAGCACAGAAGCUUGUGACCUAAAAAAAACAAAACAAAAAAUAAAACACAUUAAUAUGAUACAGUUAAAAAAAAAUUGUAUUACUGUUUUUGCACAAUGUAUGAUGAGAUUUUUUUUUAUAAGCCCAAAUUUGCUGCAACAGUAUGUGAAAGACAUACAAUAAAUUUCUUGUAAUAGUU